AUGAAAGGGAGGGCACACGAGCUUUACAGAUCAAGGAUUUUUCCGUCUCCGGCCAUAUCACCUCGAACUAGAAUUCAAAGAUCAUCGCAGAGGGUUUCGUGCUCUAAUAUUUCCAAUCUCGAACAGCGACCUGCACAUAGUGGCAGAUCUGGAAGUUUAGCUUCCAAAACAUACUCUACCAGUUCGUUUGGUGCUGGUACUCAUAGGCAUGGUGCACAUCAGUUUGUUCUACCGCAGAGUAUCCCGGAGGUUGGCCAGCUGAACCAAAAAGGUUAUCAGCAGCAAGCUUUUUCACGAAGAAUGAGCUAUAUGGGCAACACAUUCCCAGAACCAAUGCCCACUUUUCGAAGGCAUUCAAAUGCAGCCCCUAAUUUUCCAAGAAGUCAGUCCCAGCAGGUGAUGAAUCCCAACUUUGAGAGACCUCCAACCUCAGGCUCCCAUCCCAGAAGACUAUCGAACGCUUCGAUGAGUUCGUUAAAGAGCAUGGAAUCUUCAGCAUUGUCUCUUUCGCCGAGAACUGCGGACACGUCUUCAUUAAUGUCAGUUGAAGACAGGUUUGUCCCAAAGCACUGGCAUCCAAAGUCCACCGAGAAGCUUUACGCACUUGCCAGAAGGUCCGAAUCCAUGGUCUCUCUCUCAUCUAUGACCAGGAGUGCCGAUUUGCACGAGUAUUAUCAGCAACCUCAAAAGCCGUCGAUGUCCGGCCGGCAGUUUAAUCACGGCAUACCGAGAAACAUGCAGCAACCAGUGCAUGGUGCCGGCUCAUCAUACAGUUUGAGAUCCAACCAAAGGCAGAGUCUUCAACUGCCAAGAAAUGAGUCAUUUGCAUAUCCUUUGCCAAGGCACGUAAGCAUGCAGAGUCCGAUGUAUGGUUCUAUGCAGGUGCGAGAUCAGAAUUAUGACCGGUCACGCAGAAGUCUUCAAAAUUGGGCUUCUGCAUCGCAGCACCACACCUCGUAUACUCAAAACAUGCAUACAAAGGAGCAUCAGCCCAUACCCAAUUAUAAUAGUGCACGGCUUCUGAACAAUGCGAGAAUGAGUUACACAGGCCCCGUGGCAAGGACAGAGCCAAUCAAGGCUGCCUCGAAGUUUAAACCACAGUUUAAAAGGAACUUCACGUUAGGCGAGCCUUCAAAUUCCGCAGUUACUGCAUCAAAUGACGAUCAACCGAAGACGGAUGACCAGCUGAAAAGAGAAGGGUCUCUCAAACGGCCGAAAACUGCCAUUUCCGAAGCCCAACAGAGACCUACCAAGCUCAAACAUUCAGAGGUCAGCACUUCGCUUGGCCUGGGUAUUACACGCCCUCCGGAGCCACCUGCUACAGCUGGCACAUCUUCUACAUCCUCUAUGACUUCACCUUCCUCAUCGACCUCCAUUCAACCGAGUACCACCUCACUAUCUUCGUCACAUACGACGGACAGUUCAUCUAAUCCAGUUGGUACGAAUUCUGUGCUGAUGAGCACCAAGGGAAAGCUUGUGAAUGAAGUAGUUGGAGCUCUCGAGCACACAGGCAUUAAAGCAGAUGGUGCAGAGCAGAAGUCACAGUUCUUGCCUGCAAAUCAUAGACGGAGGUCGCAUCAAAAGAAAUCCUCCUCGAGCAGCUUGAAGAGCUUUUUCAAGAAGUUUUUCAGAUCGUCAAAGGCUAGCGAGGAGGAUGAAUCUGGAGAUGGAAAACCCGUUCAUUCAUCGGUACCAUUGUCUACAGUCUCCUAG